CGCCAUGUUUUGAGAUUUUGGGGAGAGGUGUGUUGUUUGGAUUGGUAGCAACAUUUUACAUAAACUCUUAUCUGCAAAAUGCACACCUCUCACCGACUUUAAUUUAUUUGUAUACAUGUUAUCGCCCUUGAAGGCUAUUAGGUCGCAGUACAUAAUCAAAUGAUAACGGACCUCCAGCUCUCUUGUGGUUAGCAAUCUUUUGAAGAAGAUUAACAGGGGCUUGCUGCCUCCUACACAGAUUCGUUCGUCUCCUUCUUUCGGAAUGUUCUCAAAAAAGCCUCAUGGGGACGUCAAAAAAUCAACACCGAAAGUGUUGGAUCCCAAAAAAGAUGUACUGACACGCCUAAAACACCUGCGGAUCGUUAUAGAAAAUGCAGAGUCGGGAGACCUGAAGCAUUUCUUUGACCAGUACUACUCUCACAUCUACUAUGUGUUCUUUGAGAACUUUGUUAUCAUUGAAGUCAGUCUCAAACAAAAAGGUCACAAAUCACAAAGGGAAGAACUUGACUCCAUUCUUUUCAUAUUCGAGAAAAUUCUGCAACUCCUACCAGAGCGAAUACAAGGACGAUGGCAGUUCCACAGCAUAGGCCUCAUUCUGAAGAAGUUGUUGCACACUGGGAACUCUUUAAAGAUCCGAAGGGAGGGUGUACGUCUGUUCCUGCUAUGGAUGCAGGCCUUGCAAGGCAACGCACUGAGAGAGCAGCUAUGGAUUUUUGCCUGUCUGAUCCCUGGCUUCCCAUCUCCCCAGUCAGAGCUUGGCCCUCGAACCCUGGACAACCUGGUCAACCCCCCUGUCAGCCUCCAGGAGACUCAAGUUACUCCAGAAGAGAUCAGUCCCCUGGUCCCUCCUCAGGCAGGGGAUAAAGCCCAGGAAGACCUCACAGGAUACUUUCUAGAGGCUCUUCUGAAAUACAUGGUAAACCAGGCCAAAAGUCUGGAGUGGAAGUGUAAAGACAACCACGAGAAGGGCUUUGCAUUCCUGUUUGGAAACUUCAAGAAAUAUUACCUGCCGCACAUAUUCCCCAACUUCUCCAAGGAGACCAGUUUGUACCAUCCCAUACUGGAGGUUCCUUCGAUGAGACCAAAGCCUUACUACAGUGCGGUGAAGAAAGACCCAGAGACCAACGAGGCAGUGUACUGUACCAAGGAGAGCCUCCUCAAUGCCCGCGUCAUAUUCAUCCGCUGGCUGGUGUCCUUCUGGCUGGAGCCACGCUCCAACACUGGAACACACAUCCCCGGGGUGGACGGAGAGAGGGAGAGCGUUCCAAAGAACAUCCAGAGGGCAGCAGCAGGGCUGGCAGCGCGGGGACAUGGCCUGGGGGAGGACCUGGGCCCCAGGGCAGACAGCCUGGACAGAGCGAUUGGGUGUGAGCAGGAGCAGUCCCACUCCAACACCUCCACCCUGACGGAGAGGGAGCCCAGCUCCUCCAGCCUGUGUAGUAUGGACGAGGAGCACCUCACUGACAAGGAGGUAGUGAGACGAGUCCUCUGUUCCUCCAGGACUAACGUCAACUUCAUCACCGAGGUCUUCAGACAGGCCUUCCUGUUGCCGAUGUGUGAGGCUGCAGUCAUGAGGAAGGUGGUGCGGGUGUACCAGGAAUGGUUCGCCCAGGAGGACAAGCCUGUGUUUAUGAGGGAGCCAGAGGAAGAGAGGCUCUUUACCACGGUUGGAGGGAUCAAUCUAGAGCCUGUACCCCAGCAGGACGCUGAGAAGGAGGAGGGGGUGAAUAAAGUGUCUGAGAAAGAGCUGCUGGAGUACAGUGUGCAUGCCGGUGUUCAGCCCACUCUACAGGUGUUUGUCACCAACUCUGCCAACGUUUUUCUGCUGGAGCCAGCCAACGAGCUCAAGGUGUUGCUGGAGGAACAUGUUGACAUGUGCAAGAGAGUCCUCAACAUCUACCGCAGCCUGGUCAUGCAUGAAACCAUGGACCAGAAGACAUGGGAGCAGAUCUUGCUGGUGCUGUUGAGGGUGACUGAGUGUGUGAUGAGGAGACCUCCCUCCAUCAUGCCCCAUGGCAAGAAGAACUUCACUCUCUCUGGGAGGCUGGCCGGGGCCGUCUUUCAGACCUUGAUAGUGGCCUGGAUCAAAGGGAACCUGAACGUGUACAUCUCCAGGGAGCUGUGGGACGACCUGCUGGCCGUGCUGUCCUCGCUCACCUGCUGGGAGGAGUUGGUCACAGAGUGGUCCCUCACCAUGGAGACGCUCACCAAAGUUCUGGCCCGCAACCUGUACAGUCUGGACCUCAACGAGCUGCCCCUGGACAAGCUGAGCGAACAGAAACAGAAGAAACACAAGGGAAAAGGGGGCGCUCACGAGGGCCAGAAGACGGCUGUGGGCCAUUCGUUCUCUAAGGGCUGGAGCAGGGACCAGCCUGGGAGCGGUCAAGCAGCAGCCAUGAGGCAGCGCAGUGCCACCACCGCUGGCUCCCCGGGUAUGGAGAAGGCCAGGAACAUCAUGCGCCAGAAGACUGUGGCCCUGCGUAGCUGCUCUACGGGCGACAGCUUCCUGUCCCAAGCCUUUAUCCGCAGCGCUAAAAGUGCCCCUGUCCUGAUCCAUCCUCUCCACCCUCUCCUGUCUGACUCUGUCCUCACCUCCCUAGCUGACGAGCUGGCAGAUAUGGAGGACCCCCCCAUGGUCAUGGCCUCUCGGGCACCCAGGAUCCGCCACUGCUCCCAGAGCGAGAAUACCCCGGCCUCUGAGGUGUUCUCAGCAUCCAGUGACCUGGAACCCCAGGGGCCUCCGCUCCCCCGCAGCAGCAGCGCUUCUGACAUCAUGGAGCCCUUCAUCGCUGAGAGGGUCAAAGGCAACAAAGAGGACCCUUGUCAGACAAUGCGUGCUGUGUCCAGUGAUAACGGCAACCAAAACUUUGGAGACCUGAUGGACGAAUUUAUCCAAGAGCGUCUGCGAGCGAGAGGCACCUCUGGCAUGACGAGGCGUGACAGUAGCCCCUGUAGUCUGGAGAUCCCCAAAGACCUGCCGGAGCUCCUGGGCCGUCAGAACGUCUCACAACCCGUGGACGACCCCGGUGUGCCCUCUGAGUGGACCUCCCCCGCCAGCAGCAGCGACGUCAUCAGCUCCGACAGCCAAUCGGACUCGUUCAACGCCUUCCAGUACGCCAACUGCAAGUUGGAAAAUUUCAGCUUUGGUCCAGAUGGCUGUGGUGCGGGGUCUUUGGACCAGGAUAACGCUAGCCUUGGAGGGCUGCCCCAAACUGCAGAGGAACAGGAGCUGUCCAGCCUCACCACCCUGCACAUAGAUUCAGAGACCAGCAGUCUGAGCCAGCACGGCCUGUCUGCAGACGCCAUCACCAUCACAGGUUCAGAGAGUGCGUCCCCGAUGCAUUCCCUGGGUGGUUCCUGCUCACAGAGCCCGUCUCCAGCCACCCUGACCGCUGAACACAUAGGGCUGCAGCACGAGGACCUGCAGCUGGAUGAGAAACUACAUCACUCUGUACUACACACUCCUGAUGACCUGGAAACCAGUGAGUUUCCUACAGAGGACUGCAGUGUGAUGGCCGGUGGCUCCCUGACCGGUUGGCACGCUGACGUUGCUACGGUGAUGUGGCGGAGGAUGCUAGGCAUUCUGGGUGAUGUGAACACCAUUAAGGACCCAGAGAUCCACGCGCAGGUCUUUGACUAUCUCUGUGAGCUGUGGCAGAACCUGGCCAAGAUCAGAGAUAAUCUGGGCAUCUCUCUGGACAACCAGUCAUCUCCUCCUCCCCCGGUCCUCAUCCCUCCCCUCCGGAUCCUCACCCCCUGGCUCUUCAAAGCGACCAUGCUGACAGAGAGGUACAAACAGGGGAAGCUACACGCCUACAAGCUCAUCUGUAAGAUCAUGAAGAGGAGGCAGGACGUUUCGCCCAACUCAGACUUCCUCACACACUUCUACAACAUCAUGCACUGUGGCCUUAUGCAUGUCGACCAGGACAUAGUGAACACCAUCAUUAAGCACUGUUCUCCUCGGUUCUUCUCCAUCGGGCUGCCUGGAGCCACCAUGCUUAUCCUGGAUUUCAUCAUCGCAGCCAGCAGAGUCACAGCCUGCUCCUCCCUCAAUGCCCCACGGGUGGAGGCUCAGAUCCUGCUGGGUUCUCUGGUGUGUUUCCCUAACCUAUACGAGGAGCUGCCUGCCCUACACCCCACCACCGCUGACGUGGUCAUGACCAAGUUCAGAGACGUUAAGGAACACAUCAUCAAACACAUCCUGAGUUCAGCCAUAGAUGAACCUUCAGCCCCAGCCAGGUGUGUGGCCCUGUGCAGUCUGGGUAUCUGGCUGUGUGAGGAGUUGGUCCACGGCACCCAGCAUCCUCAGAUCAAAGAAGCCCUCAAUGUCAUCUGUGUCACUCUAAAGUUUCCAAAUAAAACUGUCGCGCUGGUGGCCUCCGACAUUCUGCACUUGCUCAUAAACUAUGUCGAUGACCUUCAGAAAUUCCCCCUCGACACUCCAAAGAAAAUAGUUGAGAUCCUCAUAGCGACUAUCACUCACCUGCUUCCCACUACAGAAUCCUCACCUCAUGAACUGGACAAGAGGUUGGUGGUGUCUCUGCUGUUGUGCCUGCUGGACUGGGUGAUGGCUCUGCCUCCUAAAACUUUGCUGCAGCCUGUCCAAACCCUCAGCCCUGACGAGGAGAAGCCAGACAAGUCUGUCCUCAGCUGUAUCUACAAGGUGCUGCAUGGCUGUGUGUAUGGGGCCCAGAACUUCAACAGCCCUAGGUAUUUCCCUAUAAACCUGUCAGACCUGACCAGUCCAGACUACGACCCCUUCCUGCUACUGGAGAGUCUGAAGGAACCAGAGCCCCUCCACUCCCCUGACUCAGAACGCUCCUCCAAACUACAGCCUGUCACUGAGGUGCGGAGCCGUAUCCAGCACGGUCUGAUCUCCAUCGCUGCCAGGACAGUCAUCACCCACCUGGUCAACCACCUCGGGCACUACCCCAUGUCUGGAGGCCCUGCUACCCUGACCAGCCAGGUGUGUGAGAACAUGGACAACCCCUACAGCGAUAGCCCUGACCUGGCCCCAGAGCUCUUUGAUGGGCCCAACCUACAGUUCUUUGUCCUGAAUGGCACCACCCUCCUAUCCUGUCUGCAGGUCCGUGCUGAGGACGGUGUGCCUGGUGGAGGAAUGUCUGCAGGCCUCACCACCACCAGUGCCUGUGUGAGGGUUAUCAUCCGAGACAUCUCCGGAAAACACUCGUGGGAUUCGGCUGUGCUGUACGGGCCACCUCACUGUGGUGUUCCCAAUCAGUCCCUGCACCUCUACAGUAACACACCAACAGAGAGAAUGACUACAGAGGGGGAGAAGGAGAAGAACUGGGUUGGAGACCCUAUAGAGAAGGAAGAAGAGGAGAGGGAAGAGGAGGAGGUGGUGGUGUUGGUGCUGGGAGAGGAGGAGCAGGGGGAGGCUGUGGAGGAGGAAGGAGAGGAAGAAGAGGAGGAAGUGGAAGGUGUGUUGGAGCUCAUGGCCCCGCAAGCUAAGCGUGUGUGUCGCGAGGCGGUCCCGUCCUGGAACUCCCUGCGAGAAGAAGAUGCUCUAGAUGAGAUGCUGCAGUACCUGGGUUACUCCAGCCCCGAGUGCCUUCAGCGUGCUGGAGGCCCCCUUAACAUCCCCGCCCCACCCCCUGUCUGCGUGUCGGAGAAGCAGGAGAACGACGUGAUCAACGCCAUCCUGAAGCAGUGUGCAGAGGAGAGGGACUUUGCGGUGCACAAGGGGAAUGGGCUGAACAUGAGAGCCGUGGAGCAAGGGGAGCCAGGGCCUCAGAGGCCCCAGUCAGCCUUCUACUACUGCAGGCUGCUACUCAACAUCCUGGGCAUGAACUCCUGGGAGAAGAGGAGCAACUUCCAUCUCCUGAAGAAGAACGAGAAGCUGCUUAGAGAGCUUAAGAACCUCGACUCCAGGCAGUGUCGAGAGACGCACAAAAUAGCCGUGUUUUACGUGGCAGAGGGGCAGGAGGACAAGCACUCUAUCCUGUGUAAUACCAGGGGGAGUCAGGCCUACGAAGACUUUGUCUCUGGGCUGGGCUGGGAGGUGAACUUGACCAGUCACUGUGGCUUUAUGGGAGGUCUUCAGCGGAACAAGAGCACUGGUCUGACCACGCCUUACUUCGCCACCUCCACCGUUGAGGUCAUGUUCCACGUCUCCACGCGGAUGCCCCCAGACUCAGAUGACUCACUCACCAAAAAGCUAAGGCAUCUUGGGAAUGACGAGGUGCACAUUGUGUGGUCUGAGCACUCGCGGGACUACAGGAGAGGCAUCAUCCCUACGGAGUUUGGAGACGUCCUCAUCAUCAUCUACCCCAUGAAGAACCACAUGUACAGCAUCCAGAUCCUCAAGAAGCCAGAGGUACCGUUUUUUGGGCCUCUGUUCGAUGGAGCCAUAGUGGAUGAGAAGAUCCUUCCCACCAUGGUCCGGGCCACGGCUCUCAACGCCAGCAGGGCUCUUAAAUCCCUCAUCCCCCUUUACCAGAACUUCUACGAGGAGAGAGCGCGUUACCUGGAGACCAUCGUACAGCACCACCUGGAGCCAACCACCUUCGAGGACUAUGCAGCAAGAGUCUUCUGCCCCGCUCCCUACCUCCACCUCCCGUCAGACCCAGAUCAUAAUCUAUCACUUGUGUAUAUCUAAAGGCUCAUGCCUCGAGAGUCAGCAGCGAGAAAGUCCAGCAGCAGCGCUCCUAGACGGGGCCGACCAGUUAGCCUUGCCAAUGUCCCCUCGUACUAGCAAGAGCCGUAUGUCCAUGAAGCUCCGACGCUCCUCCGGCUCGGCCAACAAGACCUGAUCGGACUUUCCCUCCGCUGACCCUCCUCCACCCCACACCCAGCGAGAGUUCACAGCCUUCAGAUGAAGAGACUGACUCUCUCUCUCUCUGUACCGUACAGCUAGGACUGCACUACACUGAAACUACCAGCCUUUACCUGCUAACAGCGAUGCAUGGCAUGUUAUGUACUCCAACUACAUGGACAUGGACACACCUGCCCUGCAUGGUCAGACUCCGCAUCUCCCCUACUGUACAACCCUUCCAAGAUGCAGGAUAAGGCCCUUGAAUAGAGCCAGGCCCUUGGGGGCCAGCCCAGGGUCCCCAGGACUGAGCUUGUGCUAGCAAAGCUCCAACAGAAUUAACAUGUCUUUUGGGCAAGGUUUUCUAACUAUGCUCACCACCACAAACUUUGCACUCCAGAGAAAUGUGGAAAGAGAGAAAAAUAUAAUAUAUUUAGAUAUAGAUAUAUUUAAGAAGCAGCAUCGGUUCCGUUGUGUACAGAAAGCUUAAAGGCAACAUGACAGAUGUGUAUUUUCAAUGUGAUUAGGAUUGUUGAUGGUUGAAAUCACUUGAUAUUUGACUGGGAUGAGGAGCUAGAGUGUUAUCUCUGCUGUGGUUGUAGCUGUUGUUGUCCCUGAGCAGAGUGAUCAAUAUCUUGUAUGCCAUUCCCCUGGCUCUCUGGGCCUCUGACCCACUAGGAAAGUGAUUGUAAGAACUUGAGUUUGUAAGAAAGUACAAAGAAACACAAAGUAAGAAACAUCUUAUUUUUCAUAUUUGGUCACUGUGUCCACCAUGAGACAUUUCUAUAUUUGUACUAUACUCUGUAUAUACAGAAGAGUUGCCACUUUCUUUAUGCUUGGACUGAAGCAAUGUUGGCUAGUGUUUGAUGAUAAGGAGAUAAACAUUUUGAGGUUUAAAUAAGUUUGUCUAUAGAGUUGUAAGAUGGAAAUAGUUUGGUUAAAGUGAAACAUUUCUUGUUACAUUUUGUUUUCAUUUUCACACUAAACUGUGGAACUGAUUGACUUUCUGAAUAUAAUAUUCACUACUGUUUGCCUUUUUAGGGGUCACAUAACAUUUUUAUUAUGAUUGUAAAUUUGGAUUUCACCUGAUAAAGAAUGUUGCAGAUUGGGUUGUUUUGUUCAUAUACAACGUGUUGUAUUGAACCACCCCUUUUUUUCACUCAUGAUGAAUAUAUUAUAUGUAAGGGAUGAACGCAAACGUUAUGUACGUUACCUUGGAAAUAAUGGAUCCAAGGUAAUGUACAGAACGUCAGCGUUUAUCCCACUCAUACCACAGUUGCCAAAGAAAAGAAUACAAAAGCACACAUUUACCUGUAGAAAUAAAAUGGUUUUGUUUUAUAUUUUUAGAAGUUAUUUUAUACUUCCUCGUCUUGUGGUUGCCAGAGACGCGACCCAGUCGUUCGUUCGAUUAGUACUAUAUCUCGUUACUUUAGUUCGAUCACUAUGCAGGCUGGCAAUGUUCUUCUCUCGUCAUCACUAUGCAGGCUGGCAAUGUUCUUCUCUCGUCAUCACUAUGCAGGCUGGCAAUGUUCUUCUCUCGUCAUCACUAUGCAGGCUGGCAAUGUUCUUCUCUCGUCAUCACUAUGCAGGCUGGCAAUGUUCUUCUCUCGUCAUGUAGCAUAGCUAGUUUAUCCAGUGAUUGCACAUGUGGGACUAUUUGACAGCACGGUUUCUAGGCUAAAAAGGCUAAGGUUUAGCUAUAUAUUUAAUGGCUUAAAAAUACAUAUUUCAUCAAUAUAAAGGCAGUGUGCAGAUAUGUUUCCUUUGAGGUUAUUGGAUUGUUUCGAACACAAGAAAAUAACUCAGAUGUGCAAGUGCUUUUUUUCUUCUUCCAUUUUUCAAUAUAAUUAAUGGCAUCAAAAAACGAAUCAAUAUGAAACGUUUUUUUAAAGAAACACCAAGACAGCCUACAUUUUUAAAAGUCAGAUUCAAAUAAUGCAAUAAGUUGUUUUGAUGUCAGGGGUUAACCACCUUGUUAGGUUCUUCGGAGCUAGUUGUCUUGCCAGCUACUUGUUAAAAUUUAAUUGGAUGCUGCCAUUAAUGGUGAAAUGGGACAUCUUCAAGCCGCGGGGUAAGUCGAAUGACUCACUCGCUUGGUACCAUUUCCAUCUGUUUGUAUUGUUGUUGUUACUGCUGCUUGUGGUGGGGCUUUGUGGGCUCUCUACCUCAGAUGAGAGGAGGUGAUUCCAGCGCUUCCUCUCUGUCACAGAAGGCGCCCAGUAGCUCCUCAAACUGCUCUCGCACCUGUGCCUGGUUACAUUUAUAACUUGUAUGUACACCAGACCGGCAUUUGAUAGUAGCUCCACGGCUGUGCUCCGGAGGCUGCGGGUCGUGUAGUGCAUUGACAACCCGGCCUAUUCGCUGAGACACGGUAACAGGUUGACGAGGUAGUGUACCACCAUCGGCUCUUAGAGUAGCCUACCAAAUGUCCUUCUUUGUUCAACUUGUGGGGACCGCAGUGGGUGGCGGUAAAGGGAUGUAGCGUCUUGGGGACACUUGGAGAGGUACGUUUUCAAACUGGCCAAAUGGGCGGUUUGGGUUGCCGGGCAAAGUAAAUAUUAACCCUUUGUGGUUCUCCUCAUUCAGCUCGUUCGCCUCUUGGUGGUUUUUCGUCUCUGCAUUGUGGAAGAGACGGAGGUGGCCGAAUCCACUCCAUCCUCGUCCGUCUUGACCUGGAAAGAGGAAGGUCUCAGUCUCGAUUUCCCUCUGGCCCCACGCUUAGCGAGAUACAGCUGGAUAACCAGCCUUCCUCACUAGACCUGUGGCUGUGUCAGGGGAAACCGCAGGGGACUCUAGUAGCAGCUGGAGGUCAGCAGUAGAUAUGGGAAGGGGGAAGUGCUGACGACUUUCCCCGAUCUCCUAUACCUCUUCACAAGGGACUUGAAGACGUCCUUGCAUGUUUUGUAGCUGUCAUUGGUCAUGAUGCUGUGCCGCAUUACACAAUUUAUCCCGGCUACACAAAAUGAGGUACUGAGUACUCCUGUCCAUUUGUUGCGCGGAGGAUAUUGUUUAGCUCUUCUGGCCGGUAGCUGUCAAAUGUCCUUAUUCUCCUUGAGCCAAUCCCUUUCUGUUUUAACUACGCAUUCUAUUGUUUUUCUUCAUGUCGCUCCACUUCAAUUUUGGUGAGCGUCACGUCCAUAACUGUCUGCUCUCUGUGCGUUUUCUUUUUAUAUUGAUAAAGGGACUUUAUUUCCACCAUUCAGGCUUAGGAUAACUCUUCGACUUUAUAAAAAAUAAAAUGUCAUAAUUCCUCCAUGUUUUAGGCUUGUAGCUAGGUGUAGGCUAAUCGUUGUAAAGUAGCUACUUUGUUUCACUGUCAGUUGUAAAUAUGUUGGCUCUUGUUACUUGUCUAGGUCACGUGAUGUUUUCAUUCAUAAAUAGUUUUCAUUCAUAAAUGUGUAGUGAUUUAGAAUGUAAUAAGGCGCAUAUUGUGUCAUGAUUGCAAGGUGUCCGAUAUCUUUUCCAACUGUCCCGUUAUCUGGUUUUAAUGGCCAUUCUAGAAUGCCCUUCUAGCCAAUCAUAUCUGAGUAUUCAACAAUGCUGUGGUAUAGAUAUAGUGUUGAGGACAAUACCUGAACUGUGUACAUAUUUGAAUAUAGCUUCCAAAAAAAACAAACCUAUAUUACCCUCAAGCCACGUAGACCAACAGUUGAAGGUGUGAUCAAAUCUUCUGCUUAUUUCAUAUGAGAGGUCUGCUGCGGUUGACCUCUUCACAAAGCUUUCCUGCUGAAGUUGGCCAAUAUAAAUAACGCGGUAGCUUUAUCCACAGCUAGAACAAACUAAUGUAUGUUACGGUUCAGUGUCUGUCUGUGCAACAACACAAAUGAGGAUGGAAAGACGAGAGCAUCAAGCAGAUCUUCACUCCAGUUCCCAACUCUGUGUCCAUCUAUAAGACAACUAGCACAGAGCAAACAGAGCAAACAGAGCAAACGCUGCAUUUACAUUUUGUCUAGCAUUAUUUGCUUUCAGCUAUAGGUUCUCUACCAGAGAGGAAAGGGACUGUAAAUGCCUGUUUUGGACCUUUCGGUUGAACGGUUAUAUCUUUUAAAAACUGCUACCGUGUCGAAGGUCAAAUCCACGUUAUUUUUGUGUUAUGUUUGAAUAUAUGAGUGAGGUCAGUUCCGAUUUAUUUUUUAAAUUAUUUUUUUAAAUGGCAGAGGAUGAGAACUAAAAACUUGCCAGAGAGAGCGAGAAAAUCAUGCUGCAUCCUUUCCUUGAGGCUGAGGAGAUUGAAUGAGAUUGGUUAGCUCUCUCCCUGCACUCAGAGGUGACUGAAACCUGUGCAUACUGUAAAGUGAGUUUAUACUGUAUGUUACUAUUGACCAAAUGCUGCAUGGUGCCAGUACUAAUUGCAUGUGUUGCUAUAACAGCUACACAACACGCACACACAAUUAAAAUAGUAUUGUCAAACUUGUAGUAUCUACACAUUUGUAAUGGUUGUUCCAGGAGGAGAGUGGCUGUGGAAUGGAAUUUGACAAUAAAACAUUCUUACCACAA